AUGCCCCAACAACCCAUCCUUGAAUUGGAAAUUUUCGAUGUUUGGGGAAUAGAUUUCAUGGGUCCUUUUCCUUCUUCAUAUGGGAAUCAAUACAUUCUUGUUGUCGUUGAGUAUGUGUCAAAAUGGGUUGAAGCCAUUGCUUCUCCAAAAAAUGACCAUAAGGUGGUAAUGAAGUUGUUUAAAAAGAUAAUCUUCCCAAGGUUUGGCAUUCCCAAGGCGGUUAUAAGUGACAAUGGGUCUCAUUUUGUGCAUAGUGCUUUCCGGAAGAUGUUGAAGAAACAUGGGGUAACCAACGUUUUGGGCUCCCUUACCAUCCUCAAACUAGUGGGCAAGUUAAGAACGGCCUUUAAAAUUCCUAUUGGUACCACUCCUUACUGCUUGGUUUAUGGUAAAUCUUGCCAUCUCCCGGUUGAGCUUGAGCAUCGUACUCAUUGGGCUAUAAAGAAGAUCAAUUUUGAUUUGGCAAGUGCGGGUGAGCAACGUUGGUUAGAUCUCCAUGAAUUGGAAGUGCUUCGUUUGGAUGAUUAUGAUUGUGAUAGUUUGUAUAAAGCUACAGCCAAAGAGGUGCAUGAUAAGCUCAUUGAGAAGAAGAAGUUCAAUCCCGGAGAUAAGGUGCUCCUUUACAAUUCAAGAAUGAGACUUUUUCUCGGAAAGUUGAUGUCCCGUUGGAACGGUCCAUUUGUUGUUCAAGAGGUCUUCCCGAAUGGUGUUAUUGAAAAUUUCUCCUUUGGACCUCUGAAGGACUUUUAA